CCUUUAGGCGACAUGUAAAUUAAGCUGUAAGCCAUCUGGUGUAAAACGAAAAUGAAUUUCUGAAGAAUGAAUUUCAAUGGAGUACAAAAGACAUUUUAAUGUCUCCCUUGAAUUAGAUUAUCUCGUUUUUGUAAAGAAAUGUUUUAUUUUUAUUUUGGUAGUUUAUCUUAGGUGCGACAUCUUGGAUGUAGCUAGUGCUUCCUAGCACGACAUAAAAAGAGGGUAUGUAUUAAAUGAGUUUGCAUGAAUGCGCGCUAAAAUGUCGGGAGACGUUGGUGCAUGGAUCGGUUGUGCCCGGGCAGCUGCAAUUGGUUGGGUACCCUUAUCGAAUACGACGAAUGAUCCAUCACAUAAAAAGCCUAUUGUACGAGAGGCUGUAAAGAAAAUCACUAUCAACGUAUCUGGAAGGCGAUACCAGACAUUUCAACACACUUUGGAAAAACACAGGGAUACUCUGUUAGGUAGCCCUGAAAAAGAUUACUUCUUCGACCAGACAACACAAGAAUAUUAUUUUGACCGCGAUCCAGAUUUGUUUCGAUAUAUUCUGAAUUAUUACCGAACCGGGAAACUUCACUAUCCAAAAACUGAAUGUGUUGCGUCAUUUGAAGAUGAGUUGACAUUUUUUGGCGUCAAGCAAUGUCAUGUUUUCACGUGUUGUUGGGACGAUUUUAAUGACAGAAAGAGAGACUGCGAUGAACGCGUGCAUGAUUUUGAGGGCACAAGUGACUUGACGGUUAAUUCAAACCAAGACGGGGGUAAUCCUGAAACUCGCCAUUUUCGAGAACGAUUGUGGAAUUGGUUUGAGAAUCCGCAAAGUGCUAUCAUUGCGCGAUUGUUCUACUACGUCACAGGUUUUUUUAUUGCGGUGAGUGUGGCCAGCACAAUUAUCGAGACAAUAGAAUGUGAAAAGGGAGAGAUAUGUGGCAAGGUCUAUCAUGAUGUGUUUUUCUGUAUUGAAGCGACGUGCGUGGUUGGGUUUACUAUAGAAUACUUUGCAAGACUUUACGCUGCACCGAGCAGAUGGAAACACGCUCGAAAUACAUUGAGCAUUAUAGACCUCGCAGCUAUCCUACCAUUUUAUAUUGGUUUGUUUAUGACUAAUAGUACUAUUAGCGGUGCUUUCGUCACUUUGAGAGUGUUUCGUGUUUUUAGAAUUUUCAAAUUUUCAAGACAUUCCAAAGGUUUACGCAUUCUUGGAUGCACUUUAAAAAGCUGCGCCACGGAACUUGGUUUUUUACUCUUCUCUCUAUCUAUGGCUAUUAUUAUUUUUGCGACUGUUGUUUAUUAUGUCGAAAAGGACGAACACAACACCGAUUUUACGAGUAUACCGGCAAGCUUUUGGUUUACGAUUGUAACCAUGACAACUCUAGGAUAUGGGGACAUGGUUCCAAGUACAAUUCCUGGAAAGAUAGUUGGCAGCGUGUGUUCUCUGAGCGGAGUAUUAGUUAUUGCGCUUCCUGUACCCGUCAUCGUAUCUAACUUCAGCCGAAUCUAUCUUCAGAAUCAACGUGCUGAUAAAAGGCGUGUCAAUCAGAAAAUGCGCGCGGAUGAUGAAGCCGGCAACGAGAAAUGUGGUCCAACUGAAGGCGCUGGUACCGGAGAAUUAUCUGACAUGUUUAGAAAUAAAACGGUGAAUGGAAAGAAAGAAAGUUUAUUAAGUAUGAAUGGAAAUACGGAGCUACGCAGGCUAACCAAAUCAAAUUCAAUUCUUAAAAAAUCUGAGGGAACCAAACGUUUGAUGCGACAGCAUAGCUCAACAAUUGAUAAUCGGUUUUUUCGAAAAGGAUGCCGAAAAAUAUCACUCCCUGAACGACAAGCUCUGUUAAACAAUAACAAAAACGCUCAAAUAGGAAGCAUAUAUCCUGACCAAAUGGCUGAACUAAAACGAAUUAAGCAACGUACCAGACCGAGAAAAAUCUCGCGUUCACAAAGCGAGUCUAAACUUCAAAGGAAUAAAACACUGUCAAGAGACUCAUCUAUGGAACACACAACACAAGUGAAAAGUAGAAAACUAUCGGUGCCUGUUCAAGCGAAAUACCCUUCUAUAGUUGUGGAUGUAGUCAAUGAUAACAGACCAACAUUACAUGAUACAAAUCCAAUAUGGCCGAAAUAUAAUGGUGGCUUGCAUGUUCCUGUAACAAAAUCUUUAUCAGCUUCGACGGGGUAUUUCUCCGGUGGAUCUCAGGCUACUUUACACGACGAAGAUGUAGUAUAACCAAUGAAAUAAUCUGAUAUCGGAACUGAGGCGAAGUUUAAAACCAUAACAUCCGCGAAAAACCUUGAACAUGUUUUUUUCAACCCGUUAUGAUACAAUGUUUCGCUUGUCGUGUUGUUACAGAGAAAUGUUUUACCAGUCUUGUAAAUAAAUCUUGCCUAUUUACAUGUACAUUAAUUUGUAAAUAUGCGGAAUUGAAAAAUUUGUCUAAUAUUUAAAUAUAUAUAUAUAUUAGGUUAGGUUAUUAGGUUAGUCUA